CUGCACCCAAAGAAAUAACCGGAAUCCGGAUGUCAUCAUCUUUUGCUUUUGUCCCCCAGACUUGUAUCUCUUUAGCUAGAGAACUAUCGCACCGCACAGCAUUAUAUUUACCAGUCACCAUGUCCAGUUCUUCAAAUCUCGUCGCCAUGAAGAAAAUUGUGCAGCAGCUACGCUUUGAGGCGAGCAUUAACAGAGUGAAGGUGUCCCAAGCUGCUGCAGACCUCCAACAAUUUUGCAUGCAGAAUGCUAUGCAGGACCCUCUCCUGACCGGAGUGUCGUCCAGCACUAAUCCUUUCAGACCACAGAAAGUCUGUUCCUUUUUGUGAGACCACUGCAUUCAUCGGCCUUCUGUUAAGUGCUACAGGGAAAAGUUGACCUCAACACUGCUCUUCAUGUCAAGCCAUUAUAAUACUGCCACGUGAUCUCUUUUGUGUCGAUAAAGAUGAAAUCGUGUCAAAAUUGCCAUCUAUUUUCAACCCGAGGAGAAGAAAGACGGUUUAUUUUCCAUGGCACAGUGUGAUUUUUUUUUUCAAUUAAAUUAUUGUGCCUUUUCUAACGUUCUAUUUUAGCCAUCAAUGUUCUUGACUUUUUUGUAUUUAAGGAUUAAAAUACAUUCUUUACUACUCUCUCAAGUAA